AUGAACUCAACUGAGCAAGCUCCAAGUUCAAGCCAUCAAAACCCAGCAGUCACCGGCGUCGUUUCCACUCCCAUUUACAAAGAACCUCACAUUCUUGAUCGUGAGCCCCAUAUCCAUCUUGCAACACCGUUUGAAAAGCUAGAAGUGAUGUGUGAAACGUUGGUGGAUUUUGACAGCAUGAGAAGAAAUGGUGUCGAUCUCACUGAUGAACUGAAGAAGCAAGGGUGGGAAAACUACUUCCAACGUCUCUAUGGCCCAGUCUACACAAACCUGGUAAAAGAAUUCUGGAGGUUCGCUGACGCUGACGAUCACUACAUUGUCUCCUACGUUCUGGGAGUCAAGAUAGUCAUCACAGAAAAAUCAAUUGCUGCUCUUCUAGGCAUGGAGAAGACUGGAGGAAGACGCAUAUACAACAUCAAUCCUAGGGUAAAGUAUCUGUCCCAUGAGAUAAACCCUACCAUUUUUCAACAGAAUGCUGAAGAUUUCAUGAAGAGGACACGAGAACCAUCUGAGAAGGAAAAGCAGGCAAAGAGAGCAAAGCUGGGAGAACCAUCUGGAUCAAGACCUUCAUUACCUCUGGUUGGAUCACCUGGUAAGUCUGUACCUCUCCCUCCUUCUGUAAAAAUUAAACCAGUUGUUUCCUCACUCUCUCAACCUUCGCCCAUAUACACAACCUCUGAAACUCCUCCCUCAAUCUCUAGACCAUCUAACCAACCUUCUCAAAAAUUCAACCUUGCUACCAAAUCUCUACCUGUUUCAGAAGCAGAAAUGCUGAACGAAACCACUUCACCCUCCUCAUCACCAUCUCCACAAUCCCCACCAUACUACACCCUCUCAUCUGACACUGAACCUUCUGACCCUCACUCCCCAACUCUGGCUCAGCUUCAAAACCGUGCUCUGGCCUCUCAACAGCCAACACACUCUAGCCCUAAACCAGAAGUUACCUCUCCACCCCCAGAAAACCCAAACACAACCACCUCUGACCCUCCACCAUCCGAGCCAAUCCACUAUGAACCACAACCAUCCCAACCACAACACUCUGAAAUAACCCAACCAACUCCUUCCGCUGACCCACAAACUCCCACACUUAACUUAAGCCCCCCCCCCCCCCCCACUUCUCCAUCCCAAGCCUCUGAACCAGAAACCACCCUUCUGACCCUUGAGGAAGCAAUUAAAGCUGAGGCAAAAGCCAAAGUUGUCGAUGAAGAAGAAGCCCGUCUUGCUGAAGAGUUUGCUGCUAGAGUCAGAAACGAUGCACUGACCCAGGGGGAGUCCUCCACCUUCGUCCCUUUGGUCCUGAAGACCUUUGAAGAGCUGCAGAAAGAACAACAGAAAAUAGAGAAUCAUAAUAAUUUGAAGUUUGACGGAAAAAUAAACAAAAUUCGACAACAAUGA